GGCUACCACGGCCACCUGCGGAUGUUCCUGAUGUUCAACGUGGGCGUGCUGGGCGGUGCUCUGUGCUUCCUCGUGAACGACCCGCACAGCCGAGUGGUGGGCAUGUCCGGGGGGUGCUACGCGCUCCUCGGGAUGCACUUGGGGGACAUCGUGCUGAACUACAGGGAGAGGAAGUUCGCGAACGCGAAGCUCUUGAUGAUAUUCAUGCUCGCCACCAUCGACGUGGCGUUGUCGUUCCUCUCCGACAGCUCGACCACCAGCCACUCGGCGCACUUCGGGGGCUGGAUUGCGGGCCUCAUCAUCUGCGUGCUGUUCGGGGCGAACGUGGUCGUGCACAGGCACGAGCGGAAGCUGCAGAUCGUGUUCUUCUUGAUCGGCGCGUCGCUGGUGCUGUUCUGCCUGACCUGGGGGCUGCGAUGGGCGCCCCAGGAUCUGUGGGAGCAGGUCCGCUGGUGCUGGACCAAGCAGAUCUCGAACGCGCAGCUCUUCGGGGACUCUGCCUGGCACUGCGUCAGG